UUGCAUGACAUGGAUACACAGGAGAAUCUCGAUUCGUUAAUCGUUAAAUCUGCCCGAUAAAAGAGAUUCGAAUACAGUUGCGUUUCGAUUAUUCGAGAUGUUCUGAAUAUCAAAACUAAUUAGAAAGGGAAUAGAACAACGGUUACUACGUACAUUCGAACAAAAUAGGAUUGAACAAUUCGGCCACCGCCGGAUCGCAAUUUUGUGCCGGAUAAUCGGAACUGCACUGUAUAGCUUAUGUGUAUUCUACGUGAUUUGCGUGCAAUGUAUACAUGUGUGCAUAAAAAUUACUAGAAUUUUAUUAACUGCAUCAGCCUACAAUAUCACGUCGCAUUAUUCAUAAAGCAACCUGAUUUUUAGUUGUAAAACAGUUGCAGAAGCUUGUUAUAGUUUGUAGUUGUGCACAUGAAAGUUGAAAGAAAAGUCACUAUGUGUACGUUUAUUUUUUCGUAACACGUCGCUCAACGUCACUGAACUUUAGAUGAUUCAAAUGUACGGAUACUUUGCGCCUUUGGUACGUACGGUGUAAUGUAACUUCAACUCAUGAUUUGCGAUAAGUUUUAUAUAAUUUAGGAAACUGUUGCGCCUUAAUUGAAAAUGUAGGAGUUGAAGCACGUUCUUAUUGCACGCAUACAAAUAGUAAUAUUGUAAAGAAGAAUUUCCAGGUUCAUAUGUGUCACCUUAACCUUCUUCGUCUUUUUAUCAAACCGGCUUUAUCGAAUUAUAACGUUCAACGAACAGCACAAAUCGCACGUUUAUUUCACCUCAUUCUUGAUUUUAUACUGUACGGAGUAAAUACAUUUUAAUGAGAACGUAAUUUAGGAGAUCAAGCCACUGUAAUGUAAGAGUCUUGAAUACAGAAGUGGUUCGGUAGCAUCACAAUAAAUACUCAACAGAGAUAUGUGUACAGGUGCGAAGUAAAAAGAUAGGAAAUCGUUGCAAUGAGUACAAUGGGAUCUGAUGUACAAGGCUCUUUGAGGGAGGCCUUGUACGAAACAUUGACUGGUAUCCUGUCGCCUGAUCGGGACAUGCGUCAAGCUGCGGAGCAGAGAAUUCAAGCUUUGGAAGUCACGGAAGAAUUUGGCAUUCAUUUAACAGAAUUUGUAGUGAGUCCUGCUGGACUUUUACCUAUUAGGCAGCUAGCAUCUGUAUUGUUGAAACAAUAUGUGGAAACUCAUUGGUGUUCCGUGGCUGAAAAAUUUCGACCACCAGAAAUAAAUCUUGCAACAAAAGAGAGAAUCAAAGAAUUGUUGCCGUUAGGACUUAGAGAAUCUAUUAGUAAAGUGCGUACAGCAGUGGCAUAUGCGAUUUCGGCCAUUGCUCACUGGGAUUGGCCAGAAAAUUGGCCAGGUUUAUUUGAUAUACUUGUCAGUUGUUUAAGCGGAGAAAGCGAAUAUGCUGUGCAUGGAGCAAUGAGAGUUUUAACCGAAUUUACUUCAGAUCUUACUGAUACCCAGUUACCUAAUGUGGGACCAGUUAUACUUCAAGAAAUGUAUAGGAUAUUUCAAAGUGAAAAUCAAUAUUCCAUUAGAACCCGUGGACGUGCGGUCGAAAUAUUCACCACGAUCACGACAUUAGUAGCUGCCACAGAACUGUAUCAAAAGGGAUUCACAGAACAAUAUCUGCAACCGAUCAUUCCCAUGUUUUGUGAGAAGUUUGUUCAAAGCUUACAAGUGCCUGAUGGCCCAACCAGCGAUAGCGGGCUGAAAACUGAUGUUAUUAAAGCUAUAAAUUGCCUUGUAACUAGAUUACCUAAGUACGUGACAAGCUUUUUGCCACAAAUGCUGCCGCCCAUUUGGAAAACAUUAACUCAAAGCGCAAAAUUUUAUCAAGAAGGAACUGUGAACGGAGACGGAGACGAGCACGAUAAAGAGGUUGACUCCGAUGGCGUGAUAAUUAACUUCAAUAACUUAAUCAUAGCGAUAUUCGAGUUCGUUAAUUCCAUUGUGGACCGCAAGCGAUUCUCGAACCUUUUAGAUAAUUUAUUAGAGGACGUUAUGUACUAUCUGAUCAUCUUCAUGCAGAUAACUGAAGAUCAGAUCGAAUUAUGGUCGACGAGUCCGAAUCAGUUUGUAGAGGAUGAGGAUGUGUUCGCCUAUAAUGUUCGGAUUUCCGCUCAAGAGCUUCUGACAGCUCUCGUCAAUUAUUCCGCGGAUAAGGCAAUUAACGCCUUGUGCAAAGUGAUCACACGGCACAUCGAAGCAACCAAUGCCUUGCAAAACGCUAACGGUUGUGGCGAGAACAACGAGUCCUGGUGGAAGUUGCGCGAAUCUUCAAUAUUGGCUUUAAGCAAAGUCAAACCCGCCGUAGUGGAGAAGUAUGCCUCCGGGAUGCUUCAAUUCGAUAUUAUUCAAUUCUUAGCAACAGUUGUGUUAGCUACUUUGAACGAUUCAGGUGCUCCGCCGUUACUUCUUGGUCGCUGUUUAUGCGUCGGCGGCAAGUAUGCCGAAAUAAUACCAUCACCGUUAAACUCUCAGUUUCUGGAAGCAACUGUUAAUGGUUUGCAAGAGAAUCAACCAGCCUGUAUUAGAAUCAGUGCUGUGAAAGCUAUCUAUUGGUUCUGCGAAGCAUCGAACACGGAAACUAGCAUAGACAUGGUCAACAAUAUACGAUCUCAUUUGCCAGAAAUAUUCCAGGGACUCUUCAAUUUAGCCACUCAACCCUCCACAGAGGUUUUAACUUUGGUUAUGGAAACGUUACAAGUCUUGAUAUCGAUGGAUGAAGCGUUCACCGCUUCGGUGGAAAAUAAAGUCUGUCCACUGACCAUCGCCAUAUUUUUGAAAUUCUACAGCGAUCCAAUAAUCUUUGAGCUGUGCCAAGAUAUAUUCAAGAGUCUCACGCAAAACCCGGAUUGUAUAGGACCGUUGCAGACCCGUUUGGUACCUACUCUGACAAGCAUGAUGGCUGUGACGUCCAUGGACAAGUCCAAAGACGAGAGGUGUCGAGAAGUAGCUUUGGACGUACUGCAAGUUUUGGUGCAGUACUCUCCAAUACCUUUAAGCAGUACGCUGGUCGAGACUGCUUUCCCUGCCGCGUGCCAAUGUAUCCUAAAUUCACAAGACAACGAGACCUUGCAAAACGGGGGCGAAGUGAUACGCACCUACUUAUCCGUCGCAGCGCGACAAGUCACGGCGCACCGCGACAACGAUGGCCAAACUGGCUUGCAGUAUAUAUUGCAGAUAAUUGCUCAACUACUGAAUCCACAGUCGAGUGAGUUCACUGCCAUUUUCGUCGGUCGGCUGGUAACGACGUUAAUCAGGAAGGCAGGCGACACGCUAGGCGAGAAUCUCGACUUGUUGCUGAAAGCUGUGUUGAGCAAGAUGCAACGGGCGGAGACCUUGACCGUGGUACAGAGUUUGCUCAUGAUAUACGCCCAUCUGAUAAACACGGAAUUCGACGCCGUCCUAAACUUUCUGUCCAUCGUGCCGGGCCCUACAGGACAGAGCGCUCUCGCGUUUGUGCUCACCGAGUGGGUCGGCAGGCAGCAUUUGUUCUUCGGCAGAUACGAACGGAAAGUGGCCACGGUCGCGCUAUGCAAGAUACUCGAGUUCGGUGUCACUCACGACGACAGUCGGUUGAAUGAGAUCACCGUCAAGGGUGAUCAAAUAUUUUCAGGGAACGAGGAGGGUGUGAGGACUAGGAGCAAAGCGGAAUCGCAGCCUUAUCAGUGGACCACGAUACCGGUGCUGGCCAAGAUCUUCAAGCUGAUCAUCAAUGAGCUGUCGAACGAUAUGGAAGCGGUCGCCGCGAAUCAGGAGUCGGACGAAUCCGAUGACGACGAAGAGGGUGAAGACAACAAUACUUUCCUAGAUCCCGGCUACGAGACCAUGUUAUUGUUGGACGAAGCUGCGAACGAUGCGGAGGAAGGCGAAGAGGAUCCGGAGUUGCUGGAAGACUCGAUCUACCAUUUGAAUCUUGGUCAAUACAUGCGUGACUUUCUGUUGAACUUUUCGACGCAUCAUUGUUUCCCCGCUUACGUUCAGCACCUGAACAUUCCGGAGCGGAAAGUGCUGAGCAGUUUAAAUAUCAACGCAUCGUUUAUGUAAUGGAUAAAUAGAUAUAUCGGUCAUCAGAUUUUUGAAUUUCGUAAUAAAAACAUGCAAGCCUUUUGUA